AUGUUGAGCAAAGGCAAGGCCUCGAAGGGAAAGCAAAGAAUCGAAUUGAAGAAGAUCGAGAACGAGAAUGCGCGGUACGCAUCUUUCACCAAGCGCCGGACGGGCCUCUUCACCAAGGCCUGCGAUCUUGCAACGCUGUGCGGGCCGGACAUUGCGGUGUUGGUGUUCUCCCCCGUGGGGAAGUGCUACUCCUUCGGUAGUCCCUCGGUGGACCAGGUGGUGUACCGGUACAUGUCUGGUUCCCCACCAUCCUCUGCGGGCACGAGAAGUGGGCCGACGAAUGAGGUGCAGAAGUUGAACCAGGAACUGAUGGAGCUCAGUAAGAAGCUCGAGGCCAGUGCGGCGCAACAGGCCGUGCUGCAGGAGAGAUUGAGAGUGGCUGCCCAAGCCGGCGAGUGUAAGUGGCUAGAGAAUGUGGAAAGGCUUGGCCUGGAAGAGCUUCGGCGGCUCAAAGAGUCGCUGGGGCAGCUCAAGUCGCAAGCCGACAAGCGGAUGAAUGAGCUACUCCGAGGCGGAGGGCCUUCGUCUUCCACGACAGGAUCUUCGAGAACUGCAUUGACCGUUACCCCCAAAAACAUGGCGAAUCCAUUUGAACCGAUCACUUUGUAUCCAGACGACUCGUCCGGUGAGGGCUUUGGCUCAGCCGGCUUCUGA